AUGAGUUUGAUAGUGUGGAACUAUCGUGGGCUUGGGAACCUACGUACAAAAGAUCAGCUUGCAGACUUGGUGUGGGCAAAAGAUCCCUCUGUCGUGUUUUUAGCCGAAACAUGGACAGAUAAAGCUAGGCUAGAACAGGUACAAAGACGAAUCCAAUUUAAGAAUUUGUUUGAAGUUCCAAGGAAGAAUAAAGCAGGGGGUUUGGCAAUUUUUUGGAAGGAAGGGUUUCCCUUGGACAUUGAGACUUUCUCUAUAAAUCACAUUGACACCACGAUUAACAAAAAUAAGGAGAAUGAGUGGCGUUUCACAGGAUUCUAUGGUGAACCCGAGACACACAAGAGACAUGAAUCAUGGGCAAAGUUACGUUCUCUAAAAAACCGUGGAUCAUCUCCAUGGUUAUGUGCCGGUGACUUCAACGAGAUCACACGCCAAUCAGAAAAACAAGGAGGGCGUUCACGUCCACACAACCAGAUGCAACCUUUUAGGGAUGUGGUGGACGAAUGUGGAUUCAUAGACUUAAAAUUUGUGGGCUUCCCUUUUACUUGGCAUAAACACUACUUAGAUUUCACUGUGUGGGAGAGACUCGAUCGGUCUUUAGCUACCAAUGAGUGGUUCCUAAUGUUUCCGGGUACAAAGGUUCACCACCUUGAUGUUACAACAUCUGAUCAUAAGGCCCUUUGGAUCUCUAUGGAAGGUAUGGAUUGCAGCUUUCAAAAACCCUUUAGAUUCGAACAAAUGUGGAUGACAGACAAAGGGUGCACUGAGACUAUAGAGGCUGUGUGGAGUGCGAGAAAUUCUGAACCAUGGGACUCAGGGGUGAUAACAAAAAUUGAUAAAUGUGGACAGGAAUUAUCUCGGUGGAGCAAGAAGUGUUUUGGCAACGUUCGAAAACAGCUUGAAGUAAAACGUAAACAAUUAUAG